AUGAUUGUGCUGAGAGAGAAGGAUGCUGCUCAAGGGGUUGUGGGUGUUGUGCUGCUCGCUAUCAAAGGCCAGGGCGGUAGUCAGCUGUCGGGCAUUGCACUUUGGAGUGCCACUGUUGCGAGCAAUCUCGGGAGAUUGAACUCGACGGUAAUCUCAGGGUGCGUAUUCGAAAGGCAUUUUCUCUGGACCCGGAAGAUCCAGAAAGACAUGGGUAUAGAAUAA